ACCUCGCAGCUUGGGGUGGAGACGGAGGGCAGGGAGCAGGAGGCCCCAUGUACGAGGAACAAGGGAGCAGUCACCAGGGUCUGCUGUUACACCUGCGCCCGUUUCAGCACCUGGAGGCUGGGGUUAGGGCUCUGCACCCCCAAGGUGCCACCUCCCAGCCUGUCCUGUCACACCUGCUUCCCAGCAGAUGGAGGUUUCUAAGGCCCUAGGAGAUGGAGCAAGGCAGUGGGUCUUCAGCAGGGCAUGGGGUUGCGUCAGUGUGACCGACCGGAACAGAGGCUGACCCCCUUUAGCAUCCCUAACAGGUCUCAUGGGGCCCCUGCCCUGAGGAGAGCCAUCCCUAGCGGGAGCUGCCAUCUAGGGGGACAGCAGCCCUGACUGCCUGGGACGGCUGUCUAACAGCUCUGGGGCCAACAUCAGCUCCUUUUCUAACAGAACCUUUACUAGGCUGGAAGCUUCAGUCCCUGAAGAUGUCAGAUGAGGAGUUUGAUGAUGAGUCUGAUGCCAAUGAACCGGAAAAGGAGGGAGAAGAUGGGGAAGAAGAGAAGGAGUCAGCAGAGCAGGAGGAGGAGAGAUUGAUCUCAAACCCUCUGACAGAGGAGAUCAUGAAGGAAGGCCUCUCACUCCUGUGCAAAACUGGCAAUGGCCUGGCUCAUGCUUAUGUGAAACUAGAAGCAAAGGAAAAGGACCUGACAGACAUCGGCCUCCUCCAAAACUACAUUCACUUGCGUUAUGUGGACUUGUCAGAGAAUCAGCUCCGAGACCUGUCUCCUCUGGGCAGCCUCAUCCACUUGCUAUGGCUGAAAGUGGACGGGAAUCGACUGACCAGUGCCACCCUACAGGAGCUGCCCUAUUUGCAGAUUGCCAGCUUUGCCCACAACCACAUCAAGGACACUGAGGGCAUUAGCCACCCACGCCUUGGCAGUCUCAACCUUAAGGGGAAUGAAAUCCAGGUGAUAUCAGGUCUGGAUCCAGGGAAACUAGCCAACCUCCACACCCUAGAGCUACGAGGGAAUAAGAUAGAAACCACAGCAGGGCUGCACCUGCCUAAGCUCAAGAACCUGUACUUGGCCCAGAACUCCAUUAGUCGCCUGGAGGGCUUACAAGACCUGGUGCAGCUCACAACCCUGCAUCUGCGUGACAACCAGCUGGUCACCCUGGAUGGCUUUUCUAGCAACAUGAAGUGUCUGCAGUACCUCAAUCUGAGGGGGAAUGGGAUCACUGGGCUGCAGGAAGUGGCCAAGCUGCAGGUCCUACCUAUGCUGCGGGCACUGGUGCUGUUGGACAACCCUUGUGCAGAUGAGGGCGAUUACCGGCUAGAAAUCCUGGUCCUGCUCUCACACCUGGAGCGCCUCGACAAGGACUUCUACGAGCAAGAAGAGCGGAUGGAGGCAGAGGAACUUCGACAGCAUCGCCAGGAGGAGGAGCAAGAGCAGGAGCAGGAACAGGAGCAGGACACGGAGGAGUCCGGCCCCGGGGAGCCUGACUGAGCCGAGAAGCCCUGCGGCCCGCGCCCGCCAAUAAAGACCGUCGGCCCGACCGCGCCCGCGUGUCCCGCCCCGCAUCCUCCCUCCAUCCCCUACGUGCGGCCCGGCCGCAGCCUGACUCAGCGCCGCGCCGCUCACGUGCUGCUGCUGCCUCUGGCCCGGCCCAUCCGGGCGUCUCCCGCCGGCUCACACUGCCGCCUGCCCGCGCCGCGCCCGCUCCACUCCGCUCCGCUCCCCGCCGAGGACCCACUGCAGAGGAGCUUGUGCUGGGGGUCCUGCCCCUCCUCACCCCUUUCCCAUUUGGGCUCAGCCAUGGUGGAAGUUCCCGUGGAGUCUGACAGAUUGCAUGAGGAAAUCCGGUGCGAGGAGCAGCUGCUGGGGCAGCUGAUGCGGGAUGACAGCCCAGAUGGAAGCUGCGGAGUCCCCUGCGUGGGCUCAAGAGAUUCCCAGUUUCGCUGCCUGCAACUCCCAAGCUUUUCCUGAACCUGAAUGAUGCCUUCUGUACCCCAAGGGCAUGGGAUGCAGACAGAGCCCCGGCUCCUCUGCAGUCUGCUCCUCUGCCCCCUCCCUGUUGUAGUGGUGUUUUCCCUGCUCCUUCCUUCUCUGCACACCCAUGGUCUCUGGUAUGCUCCUUUCUGUCCCUCUGCCUGCCGCACUGCAUCCCAUUACCCUAGCAGUUCCUCUGUAGGGCUCUCCAACUUUGAAUUUGCUUUUGCUUGGUCUCAUCUUGGGGUUUGGUUUAGGAUCAACAGUCAGAGCUGAUUAUUCCUCUGAAGAGUGUGGAGGGGGGUGGGGAGACAGCAGAUUUUGCUUUAACUUGCCCACUUGCCCUCCCUUCCCCCUCUUCUCCCCCCCCCCCCCCCCCCAACGCACCUGCUUGCUUCCCAGGAGUACCAUUCCCAGGCUUAUUGCUAGACAACAUGCCUGGUAACCAAGAGAAGGGAGUUAGUCGGAGGAGACAAGUGGGCCUCAGGUCUGGGAUGGGGGAGGGCAAGACCGCAGUGGAUACCCAAAGAGUUGGCUCCAGCAGGAGAAUCUUUCACAGCUGCUCUGCCCCUCCAUAUCCCCCCUGCACCCAGACCUGACUUCCUGUGGUAGAGUCUUCGAAUCUCUCCCUUCCAGCCCUUCAGAGCAAGAAGCUACAGUCCUCUCAUCUGCACACACCUGCAUGUUUCAUUUUUAAAAUUAAAGAUCUGAAUGCUGAACUGA